GUCACAAUUGAUUAUAAUAAUUAAGCACUUGCUCUUGUCGUCUGUAAACACAAUCGAAGCGUACGUUUGCCGCUAAAAACUAUGAAAGUGCCCCAGCUGGUUGAUAAAGAUCAACCUUAGUUUUGUAAAAUUACGAUUAAAAGAGAAAAGAUUUUUACUUAAAAAAAAAAAAAAAAAGGUCGAAGGCCGUUUGAGUAUACUACCCUAAAAGAAGAUUCUUCUGAACCCCAGCUUGGAUGAGUUGUUUUAUUUGGGGGAUCUAGUUUACACUUCUGUGUAUUAACCUUCAAGGUGACAUUAAGACAACACAAAUACUUUGGCUGAAGCUUUGAUUGAGCAAAUGCUAGAAAGCCACAUAAAGAAGAUCCUUGACAGCCAUUUCACAACAAUUAUAUAGUCAACUGAUGUAACAAUGGUACUAAUAUUGGGACGCAGACUAAACAGAGAGGAUCUUGGGGUGCGUGAUUCCCCAGCAACUAAGCGUAAAGUUUUUGAAAUGGACCCUAAAUCUCUGACAGGCCGUGAGUUUUUUGACUUCUCUUCAGGAUCAUCCCAUGCCGAAAACAUACUCCAGAUAUUUAAUGAAUUCCGAGACAGCCGCUUAUUCACAGAUGUGAUCAUUUGUGUGGAAGGAAAAGAAUUUCCUUGCCACAGAGCUGUUCUCUCAGCCUGCAGUAGCUACUUCAGAGCUAUGUUUUGUAAUGACCACAGGGAGAGCCGAGAAAUGUUGGUUGAAAUCAAUGGUAUUUUAGCUGAAGCUAUGGAAUGUUUUUUGCAGUAUGUUUAUACUGGAAAAGUGAAGAUCACUACAGAGAAUGUCCAGUAUCUCUUUGAAACCUCCAGCCUCUUUCAGAUUGGUGUUCUCCGGGAUGCAUGCGCCAAGUUCUUAGAGGAGCAACUUGAUCCCUGUAACUGUUUGGGAAUCCAGCGCUUUGCUGACACCCAUUCCCUCAAAACGCUCUUCACAAAAUGCAAAACCUUUGCGUUACAGACUUUUGAGGAUGUGUCCCAGCAUGAGGAAUUUCUUGAGCUUGACAAAGAUGAACUCAUUGACUAUAUUUGUAGCGAUGAACUUGUUAUUGGUAAAGAGGAGAUGGUUUUUGAAGCCGUCAUGCGGUGGGUCUAUCGUGCUGUUGAUCUGCGAAGACCACUGUUGCACGAGCUCCUGACACAUGUGAGACUCCCUCUGCUGCAUCCCAACUACUUCGUUCAAACCGUUGAGGUGGACCAGUUGAUCCAGAAUUCUCCCGAGUGUUACCAGUUGUUGCAUGAAGCAAGACGGUAUUAUAUACUCGGGAAUGAAAUGAUGUCCCCAAGGACAAGGCCACGCAGGUCCACUGGCUAUUCAGAGGUGAUAGUUGUUGUUGGAGGCUGUGAACGAGUUGGAGGAUUUAAUCUUCCGUACACUGAGUGCUAUGAUCCUGUAACAGGAGAAUGGAAGUCUUUGGCUAAGCUUCCAGAAUUCACCAAAUCAGAGUAUGCGGUCUGUGCUCUAAGGAAUGAUAUUCUUGUUUCAGGUGGAAGAAUCAAUAGCCGUGAUGUCUGGAUUUAUCACUCACAGUUAAAUACUUGGACCAGAGUUGCCUCUCUAAAUAAAGGCAGAUGGCGUCACAAAAUGGCUGUCCUCCUUGGUAAAGUAUAUGUUGUUGGAGGCUACGAUGGCCAAAACAGACUUAGCAGUGUAGAGUGUUACGAUUUCUUCUCAAAUCGAUGGACUGAAGUUGCUCCCCUUAAGGAAGCAGUGAGCUCUCCUGCAGUGACCAGCUGUGUGGGCAAAUUAUUUGUGAUUGGUGGAGGGCCAGAUGACAAUACAUGUUCUGAUAAGGUUCAAUCUUAUGAUCCAGAAACCAAUUCUUGGCUCCUUCGUGCAGCUAUCCCAAUUGCCAAGAGGUGUAUAACAGCUGUGUCCUUAAACAAUUUGAUCUACGUUGCUGGUGGACUGACCAAAGCAAUAUACUGUUACGAUCCAGUUGAAGACUACUGGAUGCAUGUACAGAAUACAUUCAGCCGACAGGAGAACUGUGGUAUGUCAGUAUGCAAUGGUAAAAUAUAUAUCCUGGGUGGAAGACGGGAAAAUGGAGAGGCCACAGACACUAUUCUCUGUUAUGAUCCUGCGACGAGUAUCAUCACGGGUGUGGCCGCGAUGCCCCGGCCUGUGUCCUAUCAUGGCUGCGUGACUAUUCACAGAUUCAAUGAGAAGGGCUUUAAGCUCUGAAGCCAGGCUACCUCACCAAGGAGCCGUGCCGAGAUGAGACGCUUCAAAACUCCAGACUGGGAACUUACCUCCUUUGUGCCCUAUGCAAAAACAGUAAAAACAGUGAUCCUGGUGCCUUUCUCCCAGAAAUGUCAAUCUUGUAAACUGUAAUAAAGCCUUUCCUAUGAUUGAAAAACGAUGUUUGUUGUUAAGGGUAAUAGCGGUUGCUGCUUGCCUUUGGGAGUGUAUCUUUGUAAAUAUCUGUAAGAAGCCUGUGUGGGGUAGGAAAUAAUAUCUGUGUACUUUUAGGGAUCUGUGAAUGGGCUCUUCAUUUAUGUAUCUUUAGCUGCAAAAUGUACUUUAUCAUAUGUAGAGAAAACUGCAUGACUGAAGCUUAGUAUAGGUUGACUCACCUAAUGCUAAGAACACUUAGAUUGCAUUCUGCGAAGGAAAAGUUUUCAAAAUCUUUGUCACUGACAUAGAAUAUCCAAAUUGGUUAAUUUUUUUGAAAGUUUUUUCCUGUAAUUGAUAAAAAUGUAAAAUGACAAUUUUAGUGUCAUAAAAUACUGAACUAUUGUGACUUCAUUCUUACACUUGCUGUCUCACAUGAAACACAUUUUUGUGGGGAAGGUAGGAAAUAAAAAAGUGAAUGUCCAUAAAAGAGGGAUUAAAAAUACAGGUGAAUUCCUAAGAAAAAAUAACUAUUAAAGAAAUAUUGUGACCUACAGUGACUCUCCAAGUGGCUGUAUAUCGAAAUAAGUCCUCUAAGGAAGUUUUGUUCCUUGAUCUUGACAAGGGAGUUGAGUCCAUUUUGCAGUGUGGUCUUGUGAGAAGCAGCGACAAGCAUCCCCAGCCCAGCAGGGUUUGGCCUGGUUAUUGAAGCGCUGUGGGGGGAGACUUCUUCCUUGUUAUUCACUGUCCUGUGAACAGCUGGAAGUUCUGAGAAUCUCGUUAGGGUGCCUUUCAGAGGGACCAUAUAUCUCAGUGGUCCGUUUUUCUUUUAUAUUUAACUAUCUGGAAAGAAAGAACAGUCGUUCCAGUAUUCUAAGUUACAUCUCUCACUUGGUACCUGUGUGUCAAAUAUCAGUCAGCACUUUCAGGUUCCCAUAAGACAAACUGCUUUCACUUACGUUUCUCAGCUCCAGUUUAUAAAGCUUAGCAGUUUUCUGAAAGCAAUGUAGAAGUUUUUCUAAGGCAGACAGAGGGAUAUGGAAGGAACUACAGCAUAAAUAAUUACAGUGUCCUGGGUAGACAGAUACAAUCUUCGGCAUCUUAGGGCUGCACCAGGUAGCCUGCUGUCUUCACUUUCCGGUGCCUGUGUCUCUCACGUGAUAACUGUAUAUCCUCUGUCGUGGUAGGGGUGUUGCAGAUAACGUGGUUACAGUGUCACCAGCUUUCUGUUAAAACUAAGGUAGUAAUCGAAACCUAACAUUGCUAAACUUUUUUUCCCUCAUUUUAGAAAUUUCAAAUAGAUAAAUUCCAUUGCUUAGCUAGAAUCUAAAUUCUGGGAGGAAAAAACUAAAACCUACAUCUUUGGGGAAUUUUUAUUCUUUAAGUCAUAAUUUUAAAAUGACACAUAACUCUCAACUUCAAUCAAAGCAAUUCAGAAAACAGGUAUAUGUCAUUUUAGUUUAAAGCUGAUUUGUACAAUUGAUACUUGUAAACAGCUGCAUUAUACUUUUGUAAAUAGUGGAACCUAUUUAGUUCAGAAAUUCUUUAUAGUAAAUGAGAUAAUGUAUGAAAAAACUUCUGUGAAUGCUUAGGAUUAUGCAAAUGAUAGUUGUUAUUUUCAUGUGUAUUUGUAAGGUCAUGUCUAUCCAUAUAUACAGACUUCACAUAAAAAGGCUUUCUCAAGAUAACUUUGUAUCCUAGUAUUUUUGUGUAUUACAAAAAAUGUUAACUUGUAUUUUAUUAUACAUUUAUUUUUCAUGUCCAUGUGUUGUAAAUUUGAAAUGAAAUUCUCAAAACCAGAAUUUGUUUAAACAUUAACCUCAUACCAAUAUUGUUUUAAUUUUUUUCCUCUACAUAAAAUUGAAUAGUUGUAAUUUGUGUUGAAGGCCACCAAGGACUCAUCUUAAAGCCUAAAAAAUUAUUUUUGAAGUUACUGAACUGAUAUUUUAACUUGAGUUAAGAAAGAUCAUUUACUGUCGGGUGUGGUGGUGCACACCUAUAAUUCUAUCACUCCAGAAACUCAGGCAGGCAGGUUGCCCAAGUUCAAGGCCAGCCUGGGCUACAUAGUAAGACCCUGUCUCAAAAAAACAAAACCAAAAGGAAAGAGCCCACUAAUUCAUAAUAAAUAAUGCCAUUAUCCUUGAUAAAAUAAGAUAGAACCUUCCUUGGGGGAAAGGGAUAUGCCAAGAAAAUUGGUUUCAGGUCACAUUCAUCCGUCACCCCGCAGUUGACAGGUUUUCUUUUGAUAGGUGAAGUUCAUACGAGCCUCUGGGUUAGUAUAUAUGUAUAUACGUGUGCGUAUAUGUAGAUAGCAUGGUUGUGAACACACAUACAUACAAACAUCAGGAACCUUUGCAGUUUGUGAUGAUCAGAAAAAACAGUAAAAAAAUUGUUGAUUAUAUUAAAUUCAAUUCCAGAAUUUUUAAUUGAGUAUUUCUGUAGUACUUUUUGUAUUUGAAAGUACAAAUGAGCGUUGGUGCCACACACCAAGUAAUCCCAGUGCUUGGGAGGCUGAGGCAUGAGGAUCGCCACAAUUUUGAGGCCAGCCUGAACUACAUAAGACGCUGUCUCAAAAAAAACAAUACAAGAUGAGCGUUAGUAACAAUGACUUCUAUACUAUGAGAGUCUCUAUAGCACACCAGUUUUGCAAGAUCAGAAAACAAAUCAGCAGUAGUGAUGAGUUUGCUGACCUAGCUGUGAUGCCUCAGUGGGAAAGGACAUUGAGAGUAUGCUUUACAGAUCAACAGAAAAGUACAGCUGUGUGUGUGUUUCAUGAACUUCAGUCCUGUUCUGUGUUCUCCAAUAUGUUAUGUGAGUAACAGUGAUCUAACUGCCUCUUCUGUGAUAUGGCUCCUGCUGUACUGCGCAGGUAGGAAAUGGUAGCCUGUUGGACCUUCAGUAACCAUUUUUUCCUAGAUGACAAACAUAGGUUUUUACUCCAUUUAAACCAAGUUAAGAUGAUAAAUACUCAGGGAGGGUAUGAACUUGUCACUGUUGCCUAUUGGGGGUGUUUAACGUGCUGUAACGUUCAGUUGAUGAUAAAAUUUAAUUUGGUAAAGGGGCUUCACGCAUGGCAGUAGUUGAACAUCUUUUUGUACCUAGAAAGAUGAAAAUGUUUUGUGAGCUGAUACAUUUUCUCAGUGAAUAUGAAUUGUUUAUCUCUCUCAUAUAACCCUUUUUCAAACUCAGGAAGACAAAGGUUCAAUGAUACCACUUUUGUCAGUAUGUAAAACAGGUGUGUUUCUCCUGUUACCUGGGUAUGGCAAUAGAUUUUAAAAAUACUGUGAGAACCGACACAGGACAGCAGAGGGGUUGAGCUGUGUGUGUCUUGUAUGUCAUGAGGUUUAUAUGUGGAAAAGACAUCUCCAGACUGUUUUCAAAAAGGAGAGCUUGCUGUUUACAUGUUGCAGAGUGGUGAGACACUCUCCUAGAAGGCGUCCUAUGGACUGCCUUUAUUUUAGUAAACUCAAAACAAUAGUUAACCUCCACAUAAUUUUGGCCUUACUAGAAUUUGUUGUACAUUAUGUUGAAAGCCAGUUUUACUUCACCUCUCCAUGUUUUAUUUUGGGUUUUUUUUGUUGUUGUUUUGUUUUUUGGUUCCAGGGAUUGAACUCAGGAUCUUGUGCUUGUGAGUCAGGCAGUGGCCCUACUUUUCUUAAGUAAGUAAAUUCACCAUGCCAAGUAACCAGAAGGGGUCAGUUCAGUUGAUCGAUAAGGCGGUAGAGUUGAGCAGUUAGCUAUUCCUGUUGUCAUGCCCAGUGGUAGGCACCGGAAACGACUUGAGCCAAGAGAAUGAACUGUUAAUUCCAGAGAAAUUUCCCACACACUUUAGACAUUUAUGAAUGUUUUACAUUUGUGUGAUUGCCUUAGAUAUUAAAUUUACAUAGUACUAAGGAUAAUGAUCUUUUUUUAAAAGUCAUAUUUUAUGUAUUCCAAAGAAAAGAUUUUGUUUUAGUGUUUUCAAAGUAACUGCAUCUGAGUUUACGUGACUUCAAUUACCAGUGCUAUUUUAGGUUCUCAAUCUAAAUAAAUCUAACCUUAGGUAAGUUUCAUGUUUGUUUCCUGUAAAGACAGUGAGCUCCCCCUUAAAUGUUUUAAUGAACACCAGCGGUGUGGUUGCUUGGUGGAAUGCUAAUGUUAAGAGAGGCUGUUGUGUGCUUGGAGGUUUAUUAUAUUUUUCAUUUUUACUUUUUGAUACCCAGGUGCUUUUUUAAUUAUUCAGGAAGCUGGGGAUUCAGCUCAGUGGUUCCACUGCCUGCCUUGCAAGUGCAAGGACAUGAGUUCGAUCCCUGGUACCAAAAAUAUAUAUAAAUAUAAAUAAAAUUAUUCAGGUAACACUGAUCUUAAAUUGAAAGCCCUUGCAAAAGCCAUUUGUAAUACUUACAUGUAGUGCUGAAAAGUUUAUCUACUUACUUUCAUUCUGUUCUUACGUGCUGUUUUCUUUUCUCCUGUGCAAGCUUUUUCUUUAACUUUCUUGAAAAGGCAUUUAUUGCUCUCUUUCCCAUCAUCCCUCCCUGCAGUUUAUUUAAACUUCUAUUGCGAGCUUCCGGAGCUAUCUAAGACAACCCAGCUUUAGAGUUGAACAAAAUCUGCUUUACAACUAGUACAUCCUGGGCAACCAAGUGCCAUUUGCUUUCCAUAAGAGGCUCCAAAGUCUACAUAGUGAAAAAAUAAAAAUUUGUGUUUCAUCAUUCUCAAUUCGAUUGUAGCACGUUAAUACCUGUUUUGUUUAAGCUUCUUGCGUAGUUUAAAUUCAUGUAAGUUAAAAUGUCUUUUUAA